AAUUUGCAAUGAAUAAAUUUUGAGUACGUUGUUUGCGAAUUUUAAGCAGUUCGUAGUCUUAAUACCCUCGAAUCUUCCAAUUUCUCCUUAGCUAGAAUGGAUGUUUUACUUCAAAAUGGCAAUAUAAAUACUAUCCAACGUGCGAGUGAUCUCCUUAUGUCGGUCUCAGUUUGUGCUGAGACACACAAGGAAAAAAUAAUCUGUCAAUCUUUGGCAGCAAGUGAAGAGCUAAAGAAAAUGGCGCAAGAACGAGAACCCUUAUGGGUUUUUGAUCUAGACAGGAGUCUCGAGGUUCUGAAUUUCACCGAGUACAACCGAAGAUUUUCAUCGCUCGAUCCAACUUUGGAGGAGAUAAUCAGAGUGAUUACAAUGGGUGGAGGGCCUGAAGAGCUUCCAAACUUCAAUGAAAAUGUAGAAAUUAUUCAAACUGAAAGUGGAUCCACACAGCCCUGUGAAUCUGAAGCAUCCAGGGCAAUUGGGGUUGUUUCCAGCAAUCCAGUUGGUCUUGUGAAUAUGUUCAUGGAUGUGAAUGAGUGGUCGAGAAUUUUCUCCAAUAUAGUAUCGAAGGCCCAAAAUCUUGGAGUUAUAUUGAAAGGACAGCAGGAAGACCCUGAUGGAGUUCUACAAGUGAUGGUGGCAGAGUUUCAUUUUCCUUCUCCACUUGUUCCGAGUCGAGAGAUGUAUUUUGCAAGGUGCUGUAGGCAGCUGGAUUUUGACACUUGGAUAGUAGCCGAUGUUUCUUUGGAGAAUAUUUUUCCAAACCCAGCAGUAAAAUGUCAAAGAAGGCCAUCAGGCUGUUUAAUUCAAGCAUUUCAAGAAGGAUUGUCCAUGGUUACUUGGGUGGAACACAAUGCAGUAUGUAAUAAUCUGGUUCAUGAUAUGUUUGUUAAACCCGUCUUUGCAUUCGGCGCAAAGCGCUGGAUUUCAUCAUUAGAGAGGCAAUGUGACAGAAAUGCAACAUUAUUAAUCCAUAACAAAGGGCUUGGAACAUCAGGGAACAGUCUAUUGAAUUUGGCAGAAAGAAUGGUUAGAAGCUUUAAUGCCAAUAUUUGCUCAAACCAAGAAAAUAAAUGGAGACAAGUACCUAUAGAAGGUGCACAAGACACCCUAAUCAAAACAAGCCUUAACAUUGAUAAGCCAGGUGUACCUUGUGGCGUCUCAGUAACCAUUGCAACUUCGUUACAUCUCCAAGUUCGACAGAGUGACGUGUUCCACUUUUUUCGCUGUGAGCAAAAUCGAAACAAGUGGGAUAUACUUUCCUAUGGCUUGACAAUUCGAGACAUUACAUGCAUUUCUUCUGCUCGCAACUCAACAGAUUGCAUAUCAGUGGCUCUAGUGGAGCCAACUGAAAACAGAAAUGCAGUUGCAUACUUGCACGAAAGUUUCUACGAUUCAACAGGCUACUAUGUAGUAUACGCGCCAAUUGACAUCUCUGCAAUGGACCAUAUUAUGGAAGGCAAAAAUUCAGAUAAUGUUUCAAUAUUAGGCUCAGGAUUUGCAGUCCUCCCUGGAAGAACUGAUAGGGAAAGUAUACUCACUAUUGGAUUUCAGAUUAUGGAUGAAGAGCUAACGACACCAGAGUACCUGCCGCCACAAUCAGUGUUAACAGCACACAGACUUAUGAAAGAAACUACUUCUCUUAUUAAGGCUGCAAUCAUAUCCUAGAUUUGAUAUUUUUUCACGAACAUCCCUAGUUUGAACAUUGUUUACGAUUUAGGGUUUAGGGCUCAAGAAGUUCGA